CUCAGGCUGCGCACGUUUGCAGUUCUUGGAGUGAGAGGUCAUAUAAAAGGAUUUUGCUGGCAAUGAUGCAGUCUAUUGCCAAGUGUCAUCACGGCUUCAUGCGGAGCAGUACAAGGCGAUCGUCUACUCAGUGUAGACUCUUGUCCUCGUCCAUACAAGUGCUGAAAAACACCGACGCAGUGGCUCGGAAAGUCUUGGCAUCUCUUUCAUCCAUCCCUUUUCCCAGUGACGACGCCUCAAAUCCAUCUUUAUUGUUACGCCAAUGCCCGGUUGCCAACCAGCAUGGUCCAACUCCUCUGGCAUCUGCCCCAGACUUGGCCCGACAGUUCCAAGUGGAACAACUGUACAUCAAAGAUGAGCGAAAUCGACUUGGAAUGGGCAGUUUCAAAGCACUGGGUGCAGCCUAUGCCAUUGCCUCGGAUGCCUCAAAAGCUGCUGGACGAACUUACGUCACGGCCAGUGCUGGAAAUCAUGGGCUGUCGGUCGCAGCAGGGGCCAAAGCUUUUGGCGCCAAGUCCAUUAUUUACUUGGCCGAAUCUGUCGCUCCGUCCUUUGCCACUCGUCUCGAGCAGCAAUUUGGAGCGACAGUGAUACGACAGGGAACCACCUACGAAGAGAGUAUGCAAGCAGCAGAGCACUUAGUGGCCCAAGACAAGAAUCAUGACCAAAGUAUGGUUCUACUUUCCGAUAGUUCCUGGUUGGGCUACAGCUUUCACUAUCCUCUUCGAGUCAUGGAGGGCUACUUGGUAUUGAUGCACGAAUCCGUCCAGCAAAUCCCACAACCACCCACGCAUUUGUUUCUUCAAGCAGGAGUAGGAGGCAUGGCUGCGGCUUGUGCUGCCUAUGCACGUAAAGUUUGGGGGGAUACGACUAGGAUUAUAGUGGUGGAGCCGCAAGAAGCACCGGCAUUGUUGGAGUCUAUGGUAGCCGGAAAGCCAGUCAUUGCUAAGGGAGAUUUAUCCUGCAUGGGACGCCUCGAUUGCAAAGAGCCUUCUCUCAUUGCCCUCAAGGGGCUGGCCCGAGAUGCGGAUUAUUUCAUAACCAUUUCAGAACAAUCCGGGCAAGAUGGAGUGGAGUGCGCAGAAACUGCAGGGUACAAGACCACUCCGUCAGGGGCUGCCGGUCUCGCAGGUGUCAUGGAGGUGACAGCCCAACAAAACCAACGCAAUGUUCUGGGAUUGACGGCGGAAUCACGUGUCAUGAUAGUCCUAACGGAAGCGCCAGUUUCGUGAGAGGAAAAAGCAGUAGCAAAAAGGUUGC